UUAAAUGAUUGUUGAAGCUGAAUUUUUUGUUUGCUUUUUUAUGUAUCUUAAUUCGUCGAUGAUUCUCGGCUUUUUCCUAUCGUUCGAUAGAGCGAUCAGCAGGGGUUUGCAUUUUAUGCGACUCACGUCUUUCCCCCUCCUCCCCGGGCAUUAAUUGCAGCAGCAGGUUGAAUAAUAAAAAAAUGCCAAAAGUUAGGAGAGUGAAGUCCCCUUCAAAUGAAUGCUUUAGGUCGUCUCCUUACCCUUGCAACUCCAAAAAUGUAGAGCAACACAGAGCCAUGAAUCAGUUGGGAUCACCUGAGAAUGUGAAGGAAUGGGAGGAGGCUAGGUGUCCAAUCUGCAUGGAACACCCCCAUAAUGCAGUUCUUCUGAAAUGUUCUUCUCACAAGAUUGGAUGCCGUCCCUAUAUGUGCAAUACCAGUCACCGGCACUCCAAUUGCCUAGACCAAUUUUGUAAGUCAUAUGAUCCUCAUCUCUCGUCCUCAACACUUGAAGAAAUCUCUCUCACCAGCACAGCAUCUCGUGGCAGUUGUGAGGUUCAGGCAGAGCGGUGUGGUAACCAGCCACAACCAAAUCUUGUUUGUCCUCUUUGUCGGGGAGAAAUUUAUGGAUACAUGGUUUUGGAACCUGCUCGUAGGUACCUGAACUCUAAACUCAGGAGUUGUUCCUCCGAGACGUGUGAUUUCCAAGGGACAUAUUCAGAACUUAGGAAGCAUGCUAGGUCUGAACACCCUUCUGUUCGACCAUCUGAGGUAGAUCCCAUCCGUCAGCGUGAUUGGACAAGGAUGGAACAGGAAUGGGACUUGGAAGAUUUCCUUAGCUCAACCCAAGCAAGUUUUGGCACAGAGCUUCGCCCGGACAACUUUCUGACUUGGGAUCUAAGUGACAUGAUAUCCAUGUUUUUAUACGAUAUUUUUUCUACUAUUGAGGACUUUAAUCGAAUGACUGAUUUGUUCAAUGAUUCAAGACUUGGAGCGCCCGUGCGUGACCGAAGGUCAGGAAUGAUGCACACCCAAAGAACUCGAUCAGCUAGAUGGAGAGCCAAUCUGUCUUCAACUCAAGAAGAGGAGAUAAAUCAUAGAGGCAGAGGGAGAUCGAACAUAUUAUCUUUGCGUGAUCGGGAGGCAAAUCGUACAGCUAGAUGGAGAACGAGUUUGUUAUCCUCAAGAAUGCCUCGUGAUCUUCACCAGUAUUGUAGGGAGGUUAGCCCAGGGACCGACAUGCCUUCAACCAGGAUGCCUCGCGCCUUGUCAAGAAUCACUCGCGGUCCAUCACGUCGGGACAAUUUUUCACUGCGAAGAAGAAAUCCCAGUGGCCGGCACCUUCGUUGGCGGGAUCAAAGGUGGUCCAUGCACAAUGGCCUGUCAUAAGAUCAAAUCUGAAAGAACUAAUAUGAUAUUCUGUGAUAAGCAUCUGUGUUAUCAUCCGUGACAUUUCAUGAUUUUACUUGCACAAUUUUUGUUUGGAAACACUUCAUAAUAAAUUAAGUGAAGUUCUGUGAAGAGGCUUAUAAAUA